AGGUAGAUUCCAGAACCUAAAUGCUUCCAGACAGGAAGAUGUGUGCAUCAAGGACCAGACCCCCACAUAGGAGUGGGUUUGACCCACUGCCUGUUGUGAUCAUAGGGAAUGGACCUUCAGGGAUCUGUCUCUCAUAUUUGCUGUCAGGAUACAUCCCUUACUUCAGGAGAGACUCUAUUCAUCCUCAUCCCAUUCUUCAGAGGAAACUGGAAGAGGCACCUGGUGUCUCCAUUUUGGACCAGGAUCUGGAGUAUCUCUCUGAAGGCUUGGAGGGACGAUCCCACAGCCCGGUGGCUCUUCUGUUUGAUACUCUUCAGCGUCCAGACACAGACUUCGGUGGAACAGCAGAAUCUGUCCUCACUUGGUGGCAUGAGACCGACAGAGCCAUUCCCCACUUGGUCCUUGGCAGAAAUGCUCCUGGGGGUGCCUGGCAUUCUAUCGAGGGCUCUAUGGUUACCCUGAGCAGAGGGGAAUGGAUGGGUCUCCCAGAUCUCCCCUUCAAAGAUUGGCUAAAGCAAAAAAGAAGAGGCCUCAGAAACAACAGAGCCACAGCAGAAGACAUUGCUCAAUAUUACCAACACUAUGUGAUGAAGAAAGGACUGCAGAAGAAUUUCAAAUGUGGAACUGUUGUGACCUCUGUGAGGAAAGUGAGUGCAGAGAACGUCUCCAACCAUGAACAGAAAGGCCUGCAGGUCAACAGUGACUCACUCUGGAACUUCAAUGAGAAAAGUGCAGAGGUCUUCCAAGUAGAUGGGUUUUUCAAAACUGUGAGAGGUGACAAAGAGCCCUUUUCCCUCUAUGCAGAGAGCGUGGUCUUAGCUACAGGAACGUACGACAGUCCUACCUGGCUUGGAGUGAAGGGAGAGAACCUUUCCUAUAUCCAUCACCAGUUGUCUGCCCUAGAGGAAGCAGUGAAGAACAAUUGCAUUGGCAUCACAUCAGAUCCAGUCUUGAUUGUAGGUGCUGGUCUGACAGCUGCUGAUGCAAUUCUCUUUGCUCACCAUUGCAAUAUUCCAGUAAUCCACGUUUUUCGGAGGAGAGUCAGUGAUCCAGGUCUCAUUUUUAACCAGCUCCCCAAAAUGAUGUACCCUGAGUACCACAAGGUCCAUCAGAUGAUGAAAGAACAAACAGCUGCUUGUGCUGGGCCCUAUGAGUGUUAUGUUAGCCUUCCUGAGCACCACGUGCUAUCCUUUGGCAAGGACAAGAAGUGUAUCUUUCAGGACAAGAAUGGCUGCCAGAAAGUUUAUAAGAUUUCCAUGGCUCUUGUUCUAACUGGCUCAAACCCCAACCUCUCCUUUCUGCCAAAUAAUGGCAUUGACUUGGCAAUGGACAAUGGCCAACCAGUCAAUCCAAAGAGGAAUCCCAUAGAUGUUGACCCAUUUACCUAUGAGUGCACUCAGGAGAAAGGGCUCUACGCUCUGGGACCUCUGGCUGGAGAUAACUUUGUGCGCUUUGUCCAGGGAGGGGCUCUGGCUGUUGCCAGCUCUCUGUUAAAGAAAGCAAACAAAAAUCCCCCCUAACAACAAAUCCUGUGCUGUCUGAAUGGGUUACUGCUGUGUUUGUAGAGAAACAAGUCAUCUGAUUUGUACAUCCUCAAAUGUAAAGCCCACUCCUCCUAUUCUCCAAGGUUCUACAGGGAGUUACUAAGUUAUUGAGUUGAGGAGAUUAAGUCACCAAAACACAAGGUGGGUUUCACGGACGGCAGUAGCUUCAGUCCCUGGGCAUCCAGCCCCUUUCCUGCAUAGCUGAGGGGGCUUUGAAUCUUGGCUGGAGAAGUAAGGAGCAAGAGAGAGAGUGCACUUGUGUGAUACCUUCCAGGCUGCUGAAAAUUGAAUUGAGGAACAAUGUAUGUUAAUUAUUUGCAAGGCUGACAAACCUGUGUCUGCCAGUGUCUUUACAGUGAAACACAGUGAGUGACAUGGGUUGGUUUGCCUCUGGGGCUCAGCUGUGUGCUCUUACUUGAGCAGAAAUCACUGAAAGAUGGGCCAUCUCUGGCCCAUGGAGUGGUGACUCUGCAAGUAAACUGACACAGAAACAGUCAAAACUCUACUGUCUCACUGACACCAGCAAGAAGUAAUGUGCAGUAUCACAGGAAUCUCUUGAUUUAAAAAGAUCUCCUUCUUGAGAAGGAAAGGUACUGAUUUACAAACCCUUGGGUUGCCCUCUUGCAGCUUUCUGCUUCCUAACUCCUAAAAUUGCAAUAGCCAAAUUCUUGGCAGCUGCUGCAGAGAGAGAGGAACUAAUGGGGAGCUACUGGUCUGCCUUGUAGCUGCCCCAAUACUGUAUGGAGCUUCUGCUGCACAGACAAUGUCAGGAAGAUGCAAUAUUGUGUAUUG